AUGGCUCACCACGAUGAGAAAGGUCCUCACGGAGAUGGAGCUUACAGUGAGGUUAUCGAGGAGGGUUCCGAUCUCAAACACCCACAUACCGUCCAUCGCAUUAGAGCUAACUCCUCUAUUAUGCAACUGAAGAAGAUUCUUGUGGCCAAUCGUGGUGAAAUUCAAUGUGCUGACCUGACUUCCCUGCUCUUUAGAUUUUCCGUACAUUAUGAGGAUCGUCUUAGCAUGCACAGACAGAAGGCCGAUGAAGCAUACGUUAUCGGCAAGCGGGGUCAAUAUACACCGGUUGGUGCAUACUUGGCAGGAGACGAAAUCAUCAAGAUUGCUCUUGAGCAUGGCGUUCAAAUGAUACAUCCUGGUUAUGGUUUCCUUUCCGAGAACGCCGAGUUUGCAAGAAACGUUGAAAAGGCUGGACUUAUUUUCGUUGGUCCUUCCCCAACCGUUAUCGAUGCUCUUGGAGAUAAGGUAUCUGCCAGAGAAAUUGCCAUCAAGGCUGGUGUACCAGUUGUUCCAGGUACUGAAGGCGCUGUUGAAAAAUUUGAGGAUGUGAAGAAAUUCACCGAUGAAUUCGGUUUCCCAAUCAUCAUCAAGGCGGCAUAUGGAGGUGGUGGACGUGGUAUGCGUGUUGUCCGACAACAAUCAGACCUCGAAGAUGCUUUCAACCGUGCCACAUCCGAAGCCAAGUCUGCCUUUGGAAAUGGAACUGUUUUCGUGGAGCGAUUCCUUGACAAACCAAAGCACAUCGAGGUACAACUUUUAGGAGACAACCACGGAAACAUUGUUCACUUGUACGAGCGUGACUGUUCCGUACAACGAAGACAUCAAAAGGUGGUAGAAAUUGCACCAGCUAAGGAUCUUCCACAAGAAGUCAGAGACAACCUCUUGAAUGAUGCUGUCAAACUUGCCAAGUCGGUCAACUACCGUAACGCAGGAACAGCUGAAUUCUUGGUUGAUCAACAAAAUCGAUACUACUUUAUUGAAAUCAACCCACGUAUUCAAGUCGAGCAUACUAUCACGGAAGAGAUCACUGGAAUUGAUCUUAUUGCAGCACAAAUUCAAAUCGCUGCAGGUGCAACACUUUCUCAAUUGGGUCUUACACAAGAUCGCAUUUCUACCAGAGGUUUUGCUAUCCAAUGUCGUAUUACCACAGAAGAUCCUGCGCAAGGAUUCUCACCAGAUACUGGAAAGAUUGAGGUCUACCGCUCAGCUGGUGGUAACGGAGUUCGUCUUGAUGGUGGUAAUGGAUUCGCUGGCGCUGUUAUUACUCCUCAUUAUGACAGCAUGUUAGUCAAGUGUACAUGUCAAGGAUCUACUUAUGAGAUUGCUCGAAGAAAGGUUCUUCGUGCCUUGAUCGAAUUCCGUAUCCGUGGUGUUAAGACUAACAUUCCUUUCUUGGCUACUUUACUUACUCAUCCUACCUUCAUCGAAGGCAACUGCUGGACCACAUUCAUCGACGAUACCCCUGAACUGUUCGAUUUGGUCGGUAGUCAAAAUCGUGCCCAGAAGUUGUUGGCUUAUCUCGGAGAUGUUGCCGUAAAUGGAAGUAGCAUUAAGGGUCAAAUGGGAGAGCCAAAAUUCAAGGGUGAAAUCAUCAUGCCAGAACUCUUUGAUGAGAGCGGAAAGAAAAUCGAUACGUCUGCACCAUCUAAAAAGGGAUGGAGAAACAUUCUUCUUGAACAAGGUCCUGAUGCAUUUGUAAAAGCUGUCAGGGCAAACAAGGGGUGCCUUAUCAUGGACACAACAUGGCGUGAUGCCCAUCAAUCGCUUCUUGCCACUCGUGUUCGAACAGUUGAUCUUUUGAACAUUGCAAAGGAGACUAGCCACGCUUACAGCAACUUGUUCAGUUUGGAAUGUUGGGGUGGAGCUACCUUUGAUGUUGCCAUGCGUUUCCUUUACGAAGACCCAUGGGACAGACUCCGAAAGAUGAGAAAGCUUGUUCCAAACAUUCCAUUCCAAAUGUUGUUGCGUGGAGCCAACGGUGUUGCUUACUCCUCCUUACCUGAUAAUGCUAUCUAUCACUUCUGUGAGCAAGCAAAGAAGCAUGGUGUUGAUAUUUUCAGAGUCUUCGAUGCGUUGAACGACAUUGAUCAGCUCGAGGUUGGUAUUAAGGCCGUACACAAGGCCGGUGGUGUUGUUGAAGGAACUAUUUGUUAUUCAGGUGACAGUACGUACUACCCAAUGCUUGACUCGGCUUGGAUGUUUCAUUCCUUAUUGUUGAACCCAGCAAAGAAGUAUAACUUGGAAUACUACUUGUCUUUGGCCGAAAAGUUGGUGGACCUUAAGAUUCACAUCUUGGGUGUUAAGGACAUGGCUGGUGUUCUUAAACCAAGAGCUGCUACCUUGUUGAUUGGAGCCCUUCGCAAGAAGUACCCAGACCUUCCAAUUCACGUUCACACUCACGAUUCUGCCGGUACUGGUGUUGCAUCUAUGGUUGCUGCAGCUACUGCAGGUGCUGAUGUUGUUGACACCGCUACUGAUAGUUUGUCUGGCAUGACAUCUCAACCAAGUGUUGGAGCCCUUCUUGCUUCAUUGGAAGGAACAGAUCUUGACCCAGGUUUGAAUGUUCACCACAUCCGCGCUAUCGACACAUACUGGCAGCAACUUCGUCUCAUGUACUCACCGUUUGAGGCUGGUUUACAUGGACCUGACCCGGAUGUGUACGAACACGAGAUCCCAGGUGGUCAAUUGACCAACAUGAUGUUCCAAGCAUCUCAACUUGGCCUCGGUGCUCAAUGGGCCGAAACAAAGAAAGCUUACGAGCAAGCCAACGACUUACUUGGUGAUGUUGUCAAGGUCACUCCAACAUCUAAGGUUGUUGGUGAUUUGGCACAAUUCAUGGUUUCCAACAAACUCGACUUCGAUUCUGUUCAAGCUAGAGCUAGUGAAUUGGACUUCCCAGGUUCCGUCUUGGAUUUCUUUGAAGGUUUGAUGGGUCAACCAUACGGCGGUUUCCCAGAACCAUUGAGGACUAACGCUCUCCGUGGCCGACGCAAGCUUGAGAAGCGCCCUGGUCUUUACCUUGACCCAUUGGAUUUGGCUAAAAUUAAGAAAGAUAUCCAUUCCAAGUGGGGCACUGUCACUGAGUGUGAUGUUGCAAGUUACGCCAUGUACCCCAAGGUCUUUGAAGAUUACCGAAAAUUCAUUCAGAAGUUCGGUGAUUUGAGUGUCCUUCCAACUAGAUAUUUCCUUUCAAAACCAGAAAUUGGCGAGGAGUUCCAUGUUGAGUUGGAGAAGGGUAAGGUUUUGAUCUUGAAACUUCUUGCUGUUGGUCCAUUGUCAGAUACCACUGGACAGAGAGAGGUUUUCUAUGAGAUGAACGGUGAAGUCAGACAAGUUACUGUUGAUGACAACAAGGCAGCUGUUGAGAACACAAGCAGACCAAAGGCUGAUCCAGGAGAUUCAAGCCAAGUUGGAGCUCCUAUGGCAGGUGUGGUCGUUGAGUUGAGAGUUAAGGAUGGUGGUGAGGUUAAGAAGGGUGACCCUCUUGCUGUUUUGAGUGCCAUGAAGAUGGAAAUGGUUAUAUCUGCACCACAUGCUGGUAAGGUUAGCAGUAUGCAAAUCAAGGAGGGAGAUUCAGUUGGUGGUUCCGAUCUUAUCUGUAAAAUCGUUAAAGCAGGCGAGUAA